CUACCAUAACACUAAGGUCUAUCCCUCAAAAGUCUAUGCCAAACUCCUUCUCUUUAAAAAGUGAAGUUUGCGAACGCUGUUCUCCGGUUCAGCGCUGAGCAAUUUUUAUUAGAAAAGUUGUUUAUCUCGACCGGGAAAUCGCAUAAACAUGGCAGCCGCCGCAGUGUCAGGCAAAGACAUUGAGAAGCCCCAGGCAGAGGUCUCUCCCAUCCACCGCAUCCGUAUAACACUCACCUCACGCAAUGUACGCUCUUUGGAAAAAGUCUGCUCUGACUUAAUCAAUGGUGCAAAGAAGCAGAAGCUCCGUGUGAAGGGCCCAGUCCGCAUGCCGACCAAGAUCCUGCGCAUCACAACCAGAAAAACCCCCUGCGGUGAAGGGUCCAAGACGUGGGACCGGUUCCAGAUGCGCAUUCACAAGCGGGUGAUCGACCUGCACUCGCCGUCCGAGAUCGUGAAGCAGAUCACGUCCAUCAACAUCGAGCCCGGCGUCGAGGUGGAGGUCACCAUCGCCGACGCGUAGGCACAGCUGACAGACAAUAAACUGUGAACACUACC